AUGCCGACGGUCCUGUUACCGUCGUCGGCCGCUGCUUUUGCGCCACGGUCUUCGCCGAACGUGGUGUUGAACACUAGAAUCGAGCCAUGGUUGACCGCGACAUUGAAACGAGUUAGCCGAGUCAAGCGACCUCUAAACAACGUGACGCAGCAUACGAAAUGUCUGACGGAAACCCUGUCCUCAUCUAAUGCCAUUUGGACCCUCUGCUCCAUGAUGUUCCCCAAGGCCCCCGACUCGGAGCUCAGGAAGGAUGAAAACCCCCUGGUGGAGGCACUGUUCAACUAUCAAAUGAUUCACAUCGAGGCGUACGUAGUGCAUGUUGACAUGGUGUCCCGAAAUGAGGUUGCCUUCAAAUUGACGCCAGAAACAAUCGAAACGUUGGUCGACUUCCACAAGGACAUUUACUCCAUUGACAGCGCCACUAGCACCUGGGACUGGUCUGAAAAGGAGAGCCAGUUGAAGAAAUUGCAGGAGGAGUUUGUCCAAGCUGCCAACAAGUUCGUUUAUCGCACCAGUGCGCAAGCGAUUGAAGGGCUUGAGGAGGACGGCGCAGGUGAGCUGCUUGGUGGCCGAAGUGAGGAAGCAAAAGCCGCAAUAUCCGCUCUUUUUGUUCCGUUGCUUCCCCCACCUCCACGAGUGGUCGACGUGCUUCGCUCAACACCUGUUCUCCCCAGUUCCACUGGUCCUGAGACGUGGUGGCAUGACCAUAUGCAGCAGCCUGUGACGAUGGACUCGUGGAAAGUACUGCCAUCCAGCCCAGCAACGGCCAGUACAGGGGACUCUAAUCCUAAUAUGUGGACCAGCCUGAACAAUAUGAAUGAGUUUGCAUACGCUUCUCCGACGCCGUCCUACAUCCAACCGUACACCACUUCGCCCUACAACGCGACACAGUACUAUAGCACCGUUGCGACGUCCGCCGCACUUGCUGCGCUCCCAUUGCCAAGCAUGUUGGUACAACCCUGCAGCACUGCGGCGAAUAUGAUAGGAUUUGGGUGGGGGGAUCGAUACCAAGACCUUGCGCUGUACGGGACUACCAUGUAA